UGGCUGCUGUAUUCAUAUAGGAGUGGGUUAGGCUCCCGGCCCCUGUGCUACCGCAAGCCUGACGGCGGGGGCGCUGUGCAGGCAUGCAGAGCGUUUGCGUUCCGAAAGCGCGUGUCCCUCGCCGCAUGCCGUCGGCCGCGCGGCCGCCACCGCCAGCGGAGCGGGAGGGGCGGAGCUGGCUCUGUUCGGGCUCCCGAGCGGGGAGGCUGCCCAGGAGGAGGUGCGGCGGGUCCCAGCGGCCGAGGUUCGGGCGGAGCGACUGGAGAGGCUGGCAGGUGGUGCUGGCAGCGUGGGGAGAGCGGCGCCGUGGGCUGGGCGCUCUUGGCCAGAGGAGUUCACUCCAUGCGUGCGGGCCAAGCACGGCCCCUGCGAGCCGCCGACAUGAAGAAAGACGUGCGGAUCCUGCUGGUGGGAGAACCUAGAGUUGGGAAGACAUCACUCAUUAUGUCUCUGGUCAGUGAAGAAUUUCCAGAAGAGGUUCCUCCUCGGGCAGAAGAAAUCACCAUUCCAGCUGACGUCACCCCUGAGAGAGUUCCAACACACAUUGUAGAUUACUCAGAAGCAGAACAGAGUGAUGAACAACUUCAUCAAGAAAUAUCACAGGCUAAUGUCAUCUGCAUAGUUUAUGCUGUUAACAACAAACAUUCUAUUGAUAAGGUAACAAGUCGAUGGAUUCCUCUCAUAAAUGAAAGAACAGACAAAGACAGCAGGCUGCCUUUGAUAUUGGUUGGGAACAAGUCUGAUCUGGUGGAAUACAGUAGCAUGGAGACCAUCCUUCCCAUCAUGAACCAGUAUACAGAAAUAGAAACCUGUGUGGAGUGUUCAGCAAAAAACCUGAAGAACAUAUCAGAGCUCUUUUAUUAUGCACAGAAAGCUGUUCUUCAUCCUACAGGGCCUCUGUACUGCCCAGAAGAGAAGGAGAUGAAACCAGCCUGUAUAAAAGCCCUUACUCGUAUAUUUAAAAUAUCUGAUCAAGAUAAUGAUGGUACUCUCAACGAUGCUGAACUCAACUUCUUUCAGAAACAGGAUAAGGGGAGUUGGGAAGUUUCUUUUCUUCGAAGUUUUCUCUUUUUACACACGCUGUUUAUCCAGAGAGGRAGACAUGAAACUACUUGGACUGUACUUCGACGAUUUGGUUAUGAUGAUGAUUUGGAUUUAACACCUGAAUAUUUAUUCCCCUUGCUAAAAAUACCUCCUGAUUGCACUACUGAAUUAAAUCAUCAUGCAUAUUUGUUUCUCCAAAGCACCUUUGACAAACAUGAUCUGGAUAGAGACUGUGCUUUGUCACCUGAUGAACUUAAGGAUUUAUUCAAAGUUUUCCCUUAUAUACCUUGGGGACCAGAUGUGAAUAACACAGUUUGUACAAAUGAAAAAGGCUGGAUAACCUAUCAGGGAUUCCUUUCCCAGUGGACGCUCACAACCUAUUUAGAUGUACAGCGGUGCCUAGAAUAUUUGGGCUAUCUAGGCUAUUCCAUAUUGACUGAACAAGAGUCUCAAGCUUCAGCCAUUACAGUAACAAGAGAUAAAAAGAUAGACCUUCAGAAAAAACAGACUCAAAGAAAUGUGUUCAGAUGUAAUGUAAUUGGAAUGAAAAGCUGUGGGAAAAGUGGAAUUCUUCAGGCUCUUCUUGGAAGAAACUUAAUGAGACAGAAGAAAAUCCGCGACGAUCAUAAAUCCUACUAUGCAAUUAAUACUGUUUAUGUAUAUGGACAAGAGAAAUACUUGUUGUUGCAUGAUAUCUCAGAAUCGGAGUUUCUAACUGAGGCUGAGAUCAUUUGUGAUGUUGUAUGCCUGGUAUAUGAUGUCACUAACCCCAAAUCCUUUGAAUACUGCGCCAGGAUUUUUAAGCAACACUUUAUGGACAGCAGAAUACCCUGUUUAAUCAUAGCUGCAAAAUCAGACCUGCAUGAAGUUAAACAAGAAUAUAGUAUCUCACCUACUGAUUUCUGCAGGAAACACAAAAUGCCUCCACCUCAAGCCUUCACUUGCAAUACUGCUGAUGCACCUAGUAAGGAUAUCUUUGUUAAACUGACAACAAUGGCCAUGUACCCAGAGGAUCAUUACAGAGACAGACUCUCCCGAGACAUGGGCAACACUGAUAGAAUAGAGAAUUUGAGAAAAAUCUGGGUCUUUCUAAAAACUGCUUUCCAUGCCCGGUUACGCUGUAUGUGCACCUGCAACAGGUGUACAUUUUGCAUCUGUCAGAACUUCCUCAACUCAGACUUGCUGCAAUCUGUAAAGAACAAAAUCUUCACUGCAGUUCUUAACAGGCAUGUGACACAAGCUGACCUCAAGAGCUCCACGUUUUGGCUCCGAGCAAGUUUUGGUGCUAYUGUUUUUGCAGUUUUGGGGUUUGCUAUGUACAAAGCAUUAUUGAAACAGCGAUGAUUAAAAAAAAAAUACUGGCCCUACCAAAAACAGAUACUUUUAUGUACAUUCUGAAUGCUUUAAAUUCUGCUAGAAAUAUUGAGAUAUUUAUACAUGCAGAGUUACUUUAUUAAUAUUUGUAAUUCAUGCAUAAGAAUAUUUUAAUGAUAGUAAUAACUACAGUAUUGGCUAGCAUAUGGAAAGAAAACAGCAUCAUAGCCAAAYUAAAAUGGCUACAUUUCAGAGGCCAAAAGGGAAUAUUUUGUAAAUAAUGUAUAUAUUCAGGUAAAAUAUGGUCUCCCAAACUGAGUUCUAGAAAUGAUGUUUCUAGUCAUUUCUACAUGGUAUUGUUAAUGCUCACUUGGCUCACUCUCCUAGGUUUAAGUCAUUCCAGAGAUUAUAUUUACUCAUGGAUCACUUAUUUAUUUCACAUUUACUCAAAAUGAUCCUUUGGGUACAUGAGACACAAUUUGCCAUUUUCUCUCUAUUUUUAAAAACACACAAGUCAAUGUCUGCUUACCAACACAAUUUACUUUCAGUCACUUAUGAUAGGCCAGCCUUGAAGCCAUUGUGCAGUCUAGAAAAUUGUAUAGCUGAGUGUAUACUCUCCUUUAAGGAGGCAGUAAGGUAAAAGCAAUGAGCUGAGGAGUUCUCUAUGUGAUUAUGUUGCUUCCUUUGUCAGUAUGUGAAAUUUUAUAGCCCUUUCAAUCAAAUGAGAAAAAUAAUUUGUAUAUUAUCACUGUUUUUAGUUUAAAUAAACAAGUUACCCUUACUACUGUUGGAAUUUCCUCCCAAAGUAUAAAUCAUUCUAUAAUGGCUGUGUCUAUUAUAGUAUAUUACAGUAGCUGCAUGUGUCAUGAAGUGUUCUAUAUCUGCUAGGAUAACCUAGAAGCAGCACUUUUUUAAAUGGUAAAAUAAAUCUAAUGAAUAUAAACUCUCAUGAUAAACCUAUUUUUUUCCAUCAUUGACCUUUUCAAGUAUUUAAAUAAAUAAAUGCUGUGUA